CUGCCUCUUUACCCGACACUGCCCCGCACUCUCACUUAACCUCCACAUAGUGCUCGACAGGAAGUAACUUUAAAUUACUUUUCAAAAACAAUCGUGCCAAUGACAUGUCCAGUGUCCGGCGUCUCUGCUGACAGCGACACGGAGGUGUUUUGUUGCACUUUGUGAUCGUCGCCGGAGGAGUUACCAAAGUCCCUGACACGCUCCAGCGAUGGUGACUUUACGCACGGGAUUUGAAGGCAGUUUGAAGUGACUCAUCUGCGCUGAAUCUCUGUGACCGUCGCUUCGAAGAAUCUGCAAAGUUUUUCCCCCUAAGAAGGACGCAAGCGAGGAGUCGAACACGUGAAUCCAGGUGACGUUCAUGAAUUUUAAAGUCACCGACAAGUGAGCAGAGGGUGUUGGAGUUGAGGUCUCUUAUUUCUAAUGAUGUCUUCCAUGCACACAACGCCUCCCUUUCACCCACCAUCUGAGGAAGAGGAAGCAACGGGGCAGGACAACACGCCAUGGGCCAAGCAUGAGCAAGAGGGCCCGAAGGAGACAGCGUCGCCCUCGUCACAUGACCAACUCCACCCUGACGAGCUACAGCCAAUCAGAGAGAAAACGACAGAUACUGAGUGGGAGAACGUCGGGCCUGCUGUGAUGGACAAUGAACGCAAUAAAGGCUGCUCAGUCUACUCCUACCAGACUAACUCUACCUCUCCACACAAGCCAGAGGAGUGUUCCCGGGAUCGGGGGGAGGCCAUGAUCGGCCUCACAUUUGGGACGCCGGAGCGUCGCAAAGGCAGCCUCGCAGACGUGGUGGACACACUGAAACAGAAGAAGCUUGUGGAGCUGACCAAAACAGAGCAAGAUGGUAAGAGCAAUUGUCAGUCUAUUGUCUCUCUGUGACAAUAAAUUGUGCUCGAUCUCUCUCAUUUAGAGGUUUUACCCUGUUAUUGAUAUAGUGAAGUGAGCCAGCAUAAGGCACAAUACAGUACACAUUUUUUUUUUACUGGAAGAAAGGUGCCUCUCAUCUACAGUGUGGAACAGUGCGGUUUGGAAGGAGAAAAGUGUGUCUUUGUGUGUGUGUGUGUUGUGACAUAUGCCUGUCAAAUUAAAUUAGACUUUGAGUGCACGUCUUCUUUUAUUUCUUUGUCCCAUCAUGUGGAAAGGUUUCUCAUUUCCAAACCUUAAACCUUAGUUUCCAAACCCAAGUUUGACCUUGGUUUGUCAGUAACAGAUACCAGA